UUAUCAAUACCACUGACGUUCCCUUGCUAGUGACAUUGUUGUUGUUGAAAUUAUGAUUUAUUUUACUUAAAAUAUGAAGUUAUAUGGUUCUUCGUUUAUAUCCACCCAACAUUCCACAUGUUUAUGAGCAAGUUACUGUUAAGUUUGCAAGUGCAGAACUUGCCAGCCCACACAUAUUGACAUGACGUUGGAGGACCCGUUUUUUGUAGUGAAAGAUGAGGUAUUUAAGGCGUUAAAUAAAACAAGGGGCUUGUAUCUUCGAUGGACUGAAUUGCAAGAUGACUCAAUCUGUAUCACCAAGGAUGAAGUAGAAUGGACCAACACAGAACUCAAAAACUCUUUACGUAGCAUAGAAUGGGACCUGGAGGACUUAGAAGACACAAUUGAUAUUGUAGAGAAAAAUCCGUCAAAAUUUAAAAUCGACAACAAAGAACUUACCAUCAGGAAAAACUUCAUUGACACAACACGUGAAGAAGUUAAGUCAAUGAAAGAUAAAAUCAACAUGAAUCGAAACAGAGAUCGUGAUCGUACCGCACGACAGCCCUUACUCGACAAUAGCCCCGUCAGGGUCACCAACAGCCACGGCACUACAAAAUACUCUAAACUGGAAAACGAUUUAGACAGCCCUCAACGUCAGUUUUUAAACGACACAUUGUCGCAGCAACAAUAUAUGACCAGACAACAAGAAGAGCAUUUGGAAGCUAUCGGUGAUUCCCUCGGAUCGUUAAAAACGGUGUCUAGACACAUUGGAAUCGAGCUCGAUGAACAGGCAGGAAUGUUGGACGAGUUCGGGACUGAACUCGAAAACACCGACUCAAAACUGGACUCGACUUUGAAGAAGAUGGCGAAAGUGUUGCACAUGUCCAACGAUCGGCGGCAGUGGACAGCUAUCAUCGUUCUAUCUAUCAUUCUUCUUAUUGUGAUAAUUUUAUUUUCCGUACUGUGAUUUCGUUUUUAAAGGCCAACCGCAAGCCAAGUUAAGAGAUAGUCUAAGUACAAAUGAUUAGUUAUAUUUAUACAUUUUCCAACGUUCACACACUUGUUUCAAGCACAGUUUUUUCGGUUGAAACUCCUGAUAGGUUUAGUGACUCAGCGUGCCAUUUGUACAGCACAACUGUACGUUUUUAAAUUCAAAAUAGUGUCGUAGAGGUAUCCUAAUAUUUGUAGCGUUUGGAAAUAACCAUAUAUCUGAAUAAUAGCUGAAUAUAUUUUUAGUCAUCGUGUAAUUGUUUUUAUUUAUUAUGGAUAACUGUAUGUAUUAGUACGAAAAUGAAUAAAAUGUACCCACAUA